AGUAAGACAUUAGCCUUAUUUGCGAGUGGUUGUUGUAAGAGAUAAAGUUCCCUGCAAAUGGCUAAAAAGACAAAUAUUAUUUUUGGCGGUGAACAAAUCACAAACUUUGCAAAUUUAUUCGGUUCUCUUAGCAAAUAUCUCCAUUCAAUACUAAACACGAAAAAGGAUAAAGUAGCGAUUAUUGAAGCUGAAACUGAGAAGGAAAUAACGUACGGAGAAAUUAAGGAGAAAGCUCUGAUCUUGGUUGAUUUUUUCCAUAAGAAUGGAAUUAAAGCUGGAGAUGUGAUUGGAAUUUGCAGUGAAAAUUGCAAUGAAUUUGUCUAUACGGUCUACGGAGCUCUCCUUGCAGGUGUUACAGUAGCACCUAUUAAUUUCUCCUACAAGGAAGGUGAAAUAAGUCAUGCCUUUCAACUAACAAAACCUAAAAUAAUUUUCGGAACAAGAUCCAACAUUGACAGGCUUAUUAAUGUUGCCAAAGAAUGUCAAUUUGUGGAGAAAAUUGUCCAGUUCGGAUGGCCAUCAGGAAUAAAAGGAGUUUUAUACUUUCACGACAUUAUUAAUGACCAAAGAAAUGCUUCAAGAACAAACCAAGAUUACGAAAGCCCUCAUGAAGAUUUGGAUCGAAAUGCUGUGAUUGUCUUAUCCUCGGGAACAACAGGAUUACCAAAAGGCGUGCAGAUUACUGAGAGAAAUAUCCUGGCAUUAUUUGGGCAGUUUAUUGACGAUAAAUUCUUUGAAGGUACAGGAGAACGCAUAAUGUCCUGCCUUCCUUGGUUCCAUAUUUUCGGCCUUGGAAAUAUCCUGGCUUUAGGAACUUGUGGUAUAACUUUAAUAUCUCUUCCGCGCUUUGAAGAGAAACUCUUUCUCAGCUCCAUUGAAAAGUACAAAGCAAACAAAAUACUAAUGGUACCACCAUUGAUGGUUUUCUUGGCAAAGAAUCCAUUAGUUAGUAAGUAUGAUUUGAGCAGUCUACGUGAACUAUACUGCGGAGCUGCACCGCUUAGCAAGGAAGUGGAAGAUGCCGUAAAGGCCAGGAUACGCAACAUAAAAGAAAUCCGUCAGGGUUACGCCUUAUCCGAAACAAGCCUCAGUGCGCUAUUUUCCAAAGGACGAACUAAACCAGGAAGCUCUGGAACUGUUGUUAGUGCGACAUACUGCAAAGUUGUUGAUCCAGAAACAGGAAAGAUCCUGGGGCCAAAUCAACCAGGAGAACUCUGCUUCAAAGGACCACAAAUUAUGCGAGGAUACAUUGGGAAUGAUGCUGCAACAAAGGAUACAAUGGAUAAGGAUGGAUACUUUCACACAGGAGACGUUGGAUACUACGACGAAGAUAAAUACUUCUUUAUCGUAGAUCGUCUGAAGGAACUCAUUAAAUACAAAGGAUUCCAAGUUCCUCCUGCUGAACUGGAAGCUCUCCUUGUGGCUCAUCCAAAAGUUCUAGAUGCUGCUGUUAUUGGACUCCCUGAUGAUGCUGCUGGAGAACUUCCUCUGGCCUUUGUCGUCAAAAAACCCAACACGGAUGUUACAGAGAAGGAAAUUAAGGACUACAUUGCCAGCAAAGUCACAAACUACAAACAGCUACGCGGUGGUGUACGCUUCAUUGAUGAAAUCCCUAAAAAUCCAAGUGGAAAAAUUCUGCGAAGGGAAUUGCGGCUCCUUAUCAAGAAACCACAAUCGAAGCUUUAAGAAAUAGCUGAAUGAUAAGUAACUGAUUAGGCGGAAUAUGGGUAUCUGUAUCAAUUGAUAAGCAAUCUUCAGUAGGUUUUUGAUAAAUAAGCAUUUAGUUGUUGGAGAAAUUCAAAGCUAAAGGAUUAAAUGUAGAUUAAUUUGCAUUGUGUUCGUUACUAUAGAGUUAGAAUAAACAGACUUGGGACAGACUUCUUUACAUAAAAAAUCAAUUUUAAUUUUUUUUAACAGAUCAACAUGAAAGAAUUUAUUAAAAUUAAUGUUCUAAUGCAA